AUGAGUGGUGAAGAUGGACAAAUAAAUGUAGAUAUAUAUGUGAAUGUGAUUUAUUUUCCUUUCAAUUUGUUUAUUGUGUACAGCAGGGCAUAUACUUCUCUUGUCUUGGUUGGAUGCACAAAUCUGUGUGCAGUGCUUUUUGCCCGUUGCCUAGACGAUCACUUGGUUUCUCUGAGGAUGUCUGGUUCUCGUAAAGAGUUUGAUGUGAAGCAGAUUUUGAAAAUCAGAUGGAGGUGGUUUAGCCAUCAAGCAUCAUCUCCUAAUUCUACAGUUGACAGCCAGCAGGGAGAAUUUUGGAAUCGAGGACAGACUGGAGCGAACGGUGGGAGAAAGUUUUUAGAUUCAUGUAGCCUGCAAUUGCCUUUGGCUUCAAUUGGUUACCGAAGGUCCAGCCAACUGGAUUUUCAGAAUUCACCUUCUUGGCCAAUGGCAUCCACCUCUGAAGUCCCUGCAUUUGAGUUUACAGCAGAAGAUUGUGGCGGUGCACAUUGGCUGGAUGGACCAGAAGUGGGUGAUGGCACUAGCGAAGAAGAAAAUGAAUCUGAUUCCAGUUCGUGCAGGACUUCCAAUAGUAGUCAGACAUUAUCAUCCUCCCAUACUAUGGAGCCAUGUUCAUCCGAUGAAUUUUUCCAAGCCCUUAAUCAUGCUGAACAAACAUUCAAAAAGAUGGAAAAUUAUUUGAGACACAAACAGUUAUGUGAUGUAAUUUUAGUUGCUGGUGAUCGCAGAAUUCCAGCUCACAGAUUGGUGCUCUCCUCUGUCUCAGAUUAUUUUGCUGCCAUGUUUACUAGUGAUGUCAGGGAAGCAAGACAAGAAGAAAUAAAAAUGGAAGGUGUAGAACCAAAUUCCCUAUGGUCCUUGAUUCAGUAUGCAUAUACAGGCCGCCUGGAAUUAAAAGAAGAUAAUAUUGAGUGCCUGUUAUCUACAGCUUGCCUUCUUCAGCUUUCACAGGUUGUAGAAGCAUGCUGUAAGUUUUUAAUGAAACAGCUUCACCCAUCCAACUGUCUUGGAAUCCGUUCUUUUGCUGAUGCUCAAGGUUGUACAGAUUUGCAUAAAGUGGCUCACAAUUAUACCAUGGAAAAUUUCAUGGAAGUAAUUCGAAACCAGGAAUUUGUAUUAUUACCAGCCAGUGAAAUUGCAAAGCUCUUAGCCAGUGAUGACAUGAACAUUCCUAAUGAGGAGACAAUAUUGAACGCACUUCUUACUUGGGUUCGUCAUGAUUUGGAACAGAGACGGAAAGAUCUCAGUAAACUUUUGGCUUAUAUUAGGCUACCUCUUCUUGCACCACAGUUCCUAGCAGACAUGGAAAAUAAUGCACUUUUUCGAGAUGAUAUAGAAUGUCAGAAACUAAUUAUGGAAGCAAUGAAGUAUCACUUACUACCAGAGAGACGGCCCAUGUUACAGAGUCCUCGGACAAAACCUAGGAAGUCAACUGUUGGUACAUUAUUUGCAGUUGGAGGAAUGGAUUCAACAAAAGGAGCAACAAGCAUUGAAAAGUAUGAUCUUCGUACAAAUAUGUGGACUCCUGUAGCAAAUAUGAAUGGGCGGAGGCUGCAGUUCGGCGUUGCAGUGUUAGAUGACAAACUGUACGUGGUUGGAGGAAGAGAUGGACUGAAGACGUUGAAUACUGUAGAAUGCUACAACCCUAAAACAAAAACUUGGAGUGUGAUGCCUCCUAUGUCUACACAUAGGCAUGGCCUUGGCGUGGCUGUACUGGAAGGUCCCAUGUAUGCAGUAGGAGGACAUGAUGGGUGGAGCUAUCUGAAUACAGUGGAAAGAUGGGACCCUCAGGCGCGCCAGUGGAACUUUGUUGCUACUAUGUCCACUCCCAGGAGCACAGUUGGUGUGGCUGUACUAAGUGGAAAACUUUAUGCAGUUGGUGGUCGUGAUGGAAGUUCCUGUCUCAAGUCAGUAGAAUGUUUUGAUCCUCAUACUAAUAAGUGGACACUGUGUGCACAAAUGUCAAAAAGGAGAGGGGGAGUAGGAGUCACUACCUGGAAUGGAUUGCUGUAUGCCAUUGGAGGACACGACGCGCCUGCGUCCAACUUGACUUCCAGGCUGUCUGACUGCGUGGAGAGAUAUGAUCCUAAAACAGAUAUGUGGACUGCAGUGGCUUCUAUGAGCAUCAGCAGAGAUGCUGUGGGGGUCUGUUUACUUGGUGAUAAAUUAUAUGCUGUUGGAGGGUAUGAUGGACAGACUUACCUUAAUACAGUGGAGGCUUAUGAUCCCCAGACAAAUGAGUGGACUCAGCGUGUUUUCUCACUACUAGAAAAGACUUGGCUUGGCACACCAAUACAGUUUACCUGGCAGAAAACAUCAGGAAACUAUCUUGCAGUAACAGGAGCUGAUCAUAUUGUGAAAAUCUUUGAUCGCCAUGGUCAAAAAAGAAGUGAAAUCAACUUAUCUGGUAACUGUGUUGCUAUGGAUUGGGACAAGAAUGGAGAUAUUCUAGCAGUGAUUGCUGAGAAAUCCAGUUGCAUUUAUCUAUGGGAUGCCAACACAAACAAAACCAGUCAGUUAGAGAGUGGCUUGAGGGAUCAAUUGUCUUUCCUUCUUUGGUCAAAAUUUGGAAGUUUCCUGGCCGUUGGAACUGUUAAAGGAAAUUUGCUAAUUUAUAAUCAUCAGACAUCUCGAAAGAUUCCUGUCAUUGGAAAACAUACUAAGAGAAUCACAUGUGGAUGUUGGAAUGCAGAAAACAUGCUUGCUUUAGGUGGUGAAGAUAAAAUGAUUACAGUUAGUAAUCAGGAAGGUGACACAAUAAGACAGAUACCAGUGAGAUCGGAGCCUAGUGACAUGCAGUUUUCCAUGAUGAAGACUAAUGACCGAACCUCCGCUGCUGAAAGCACAAUAAGUGUAGUGGUUGGCAAGAAAACUUUGUUUCUUUUUAAUCUGAAUGAACCAGAUAACCCAGUUGAUAUGGAGUUUCAGCAACACUAUGGCAACAUUGUCUGCUACAGCUGGUACGGUGAUGGCUACAUCAUGAUUGGUUUUUCUCGUGGAAAUUUUGUGGUCAUUUCCACUCAUAUUCGAGAGAUCGGUCAAGAGAUAUUUCAGGCUCAUGACCAUAAAGACAAUCUAACCAGUAUUGCAGUAUCACAGACCCUUAACAAAGCUGCUACGUGUGGUGAUAACUGCAUUAAAAUCCAUGACUUGGCCGAAUUAAGAGACAUGUAUGCUAUAGUCAGCCUGGAUGAUGAACAUAAAGGGCUGGGCACCUUGUCCUGGACAGAUGAUGGCCAGCUGCUGGCACUGUCCACCCAGAGGGGCUCACUGCACGUGUUCCUGACCAAGCUCCCCAUCCUUGGAGAUGCCUGCAGCACCAGGAUUGCAUACCUCACCUCCCUCCUUGAAGUCACCGUAGCCAACCCUGUUGAAGGAGAACUGCCAAUCACAGUUUCUGUCGCCGUGGAGCCCAACUUUGUAGCAGUGGGACUUUAUCACCUGGCUGUGGGAAUGAAUAAUCGAGCUUGGUUUUAUGUCCUUGGCGAGAAUGCUGUUAAAAAAUUGAAAGAUGUGGAAUAUCUGGGGACAGUAGCCAGUGUUUGCCUUUAUUCUGACUAUGCGUCUGCACUUUUUGAAGGCAAAGUCCAAUUACAUCUGAUAGAAAGUGAAAUGUUGGAUGCUCAAGAAGAACGUGAGACGCGACUUUUCCCAGCAGUGGAUGAUAAGUGCCGUAUUUUAUGUCAUGCCUUAACUGGUGAUUUCCUCAUCUAUGGCACAGAUACUGGUGUUAUUCAGUAUUUCUACAUUGAAGACUGGCAGUUUGUUAAUGAUUAUCGACAUCCCGUCAGUGUGAAAAAGAUUUUUCCUGACCCAAAUGGGACCAGAUUAGUUUUCAUUGAUGAAAAAAGUGAUGGAUAUGUCUACUGUCCAGUUAAUGAUGCUACCUAUGAGAUUCCAGAUUUUUCGCCAACCAUUAAAGGUGUUCUUUGGGAAAACUGGCCAAUGGAUAAAGGUGUAUUUAUCGCCUACGAUGACGAUAAGGUAUACACAUAUGUCUUUCACAAGGACACUAUCCAAGGAUCCAAGGUCAUUCUGGCUGGUGGCACCAAAGUUCCUUUCUCUCAUAAACCUUUGCUGUUAUAUAAUGGAGAGUUGACCUGCCAGACCCAGAGUGGAAAAAUAAACAACAUCUACCUUAGCACUCACCGCUUCCUCGACACUUUAAAAGACGUGGGGCCUCAUGAACUGAGGCAGGUGCUGACACAGACUUUAAUGCUAAAAAGGUUUUCUGAUGCCUGGGAACUGUGCAAGAUUCUCAAUGAUCAGGCUGCCUGGAAUGAACUGGCCAGAGCCUGUCUACACCACAUGGAAGUGGAGUUUGCAAUCCGUGUUUAUCGGACUAUUGGAAACGUUGGCAUGGUGAUGUCCUUGGAACAAAUAAAGGGAAUAGAGGACUACAAUCUUCUGGCAGGACAUCUUGCCAUGUUCAGCAAUGACUUCAACCUGGCUCAGGACCUGUACCUGGCAUCCAGCUGCCCUGUUGCCGCCCUUGAGAUGAGAAGGGAUUUGCAGCACUGGGACAGUGCUCUACAACUGGCAAAACGUUUAGCCCCAGACCAAAUACCGUUUAUAUCAAAAGAAUAUGCUAUUCAGCUUGAAUUCACAGGUGAUUAUGUAAAUGCUUUGGCUCAUUAUGAGAAAGGAAUAACAGGUGAUAAUAAGGAACACGAUGAGGUGUGCCUGGCUGGCGUGGCCCAGAUGUCCAUAAGAAUGGGAGACAUCCGCCGAGGGGUCAACCAAGCCCUCAAGCACCCCAGCAGGGUCCUUAAGAGAGACUGUGGAGCCAUCCUGGAGAACAUGAAGCAAUUUUCAGAAGCAGCUCAACUGUAUGAAAAAGGUCUCUACUAUGACAAAGCAGCAUCUGUGUACAUCCGCUGUAAGAACUGGGCAAAAGUUGGUGAGCUUCUGCCUCAUGUUUCUUCUCCAAAGAUUCACUUGCAGUAUGCCAAAGCUAAAGAAGCAGAUGGAAGAUACAAAGAAGCUGUUGUGGCUUAUGAGAACGCAAAACAGUGGAACAGUGUGAUCCGCAUCUACCUGGACCACCUCAACAAUCCAGAAAAGGCUGUCAGUAUUGUCAGAGAGACCCAGUCCCUGGAAGGAGCCAAGAUGGUAGCCAGAUUUUUUCUACAGCUUGGUGACUACGGAUCUGCCAUCCAAUUUCUUGUUAUAUCCAAAUGUAAUAACGAAGCUUUCACACUGGCUCAGCAACACAACAAAAUGGAAAUCUAUGCAGACAUUAUUGGUUCUGAAGAUACCACUAAUGAGGACUAUCAAAGCAUAGCCUUAUAUUUUGAAGGAGAAAAAAGACAUUUUCAGGCUGGAAAAUUCUUCUUGCUGUGUGGCCAGUAUUCACGAGCACUUAAACACUUCCUGAAAUGUCCAAGCUCAGAAGAUAAUGCAGCAAUAGAAAUGGCCAUUGAAACUGUUGGUCAGGCCAAAGAUGAACUGCUGACCAGUCAACUGAUAGACCAUCUUAUGGGAGAGAGUGAUGGCAUGCCCAAGGAUGCCAAGUACCUGUUCCGCUUGUACAUGGCCCUGAAGCAGUAUCGGGAAGCCGCCCGGACCGCCGUCAUCAUCGCCAGGGAAGAGCAGUCUGCAGGAAACUAUCGGAAUGCACAUGAUGUUCUCUUCAGCAUGUAUGCAGAACUUAAAUCUCAGAAGAUCAAGAUUCCCUCUGAGAUGGCCACCAACCUCAUGAUUCUGCACAGUUACAUACUAGUGAGGAUCCACGUGAAAAAUGGAGAUCAUAUGAAGGGAGCACGUUUGCUCAUCCGGGUGGCCAACAACAUCAGCAAAUUCCCAUCACACAUCGUACCCAUCCUGACAUCCACUGUGAUCGAGUGUCACAGGGCCGGCCUGAAGAACUCGGCCUUCAGUUUCGCAGCCAUGCUGAUGAGGCCCGAGUACCGCAACAAGAUAGACGCCAAAUACAAAAAGAAGAUCGAGGCGAUGGUCAGGAGACCGGAUACAUCCGAGACAGAAGAGGCCACAACCCCAUGUCCCUUCUGCGAAUUUCUCCUCCCAGAGUGUGAACUCCUCUGUCCUGGGUGUAAAAAUAAUAUCCCAUAUUGCAUUGCAACAGGUCGACAUAUGUUGAAGGAUGAUUGGACGGUGUGUCCACAUUGUGACUUCCCUGCUCUGUACUCAGAAUUCAAGGUCAUGUUAAGCACUGAAAGCACAUGUCCUAUGUGUUCAGAAAGAUUAAACUUGGAUCAACUGAAAAAAACCUCUGACUGUACCCAGUACCUGCGGACAGAAGUGGAGCAAUGAGCGGCAUGUGUGAGUGUAAUGAUCCUGAGAAGACAACGUUUUUCCACAAGAGGCUGUGUUUCUGCCCCUAGCAGAUUAAGGAUGGUUCUUUCUGGAUACAGAAAAAAUAAAGUCACAUCUCCAGGUCACCACUUUGAACUUCUGCAGAGUGACAGUGAUACAUAACAUGCUACUUUUUAUACUUUGCAUAUUUCCUCUUCUGAGUCUUACAUA